CGUUUUUCGAUCUCCCUCGGCACCACGAAGUACCCCACUCGCAGCUCGCAGCGUACCAGCAUCUUUCUAAGUACACAGGACUGUGAAGUUCAACACAUCUCUCGACAUCUGCCCAACAAUACUGCCAUUGGAACUUUGCGGUCUGCGCAUCGCAACAAGCCGAGACCAUAUCCUCUGAGGUCCACCUUCGACGCUCAGCUGCAAGGACUCGGAUACAUUGGCAAGCGUCGCCGUCAACGCAAACGAGCGGGCCGCCGGAUGCAUGUACAAUGGGUAUCACUCCAGCCGCCUGGCCCUGUGCGUCAGCGCUGCUGACCAAAGCGAAAGAGAAGAAGAGAAGGCGACGUACCAUAAACUCCAUAACAUUGAUCCUGAAGUGUUCAUCCAGCAUGGUGUUCAGACCAACACUCACACGACCCAGCCAAGCGAGCACCUGCGAGUACGGGCGGCGCUUCCAAAAACGCACACACCUGGCAACCCAACUCGCUGGCAAGCUUCCGCAACCCCUCCACGCGAGCCUCGUCGCUCGCAUUCCGGCAUCCGCCGAUCAUGACCAGCUGCACGCCCCGCGCGGCGUACUCCGGGUGGUUCUGCAGCAGCGAAUGCACAUCGGAAUCACGCGCUCCCUCCCCGCGAGCGGCAGCCAUGCCGUGUCGCGCGUGUCGCACGAGGGGUACACGACGCGCGUGCGCACGGCCGCAGCGGGCCCGAACGGGGGUACGCGAGCACGACGUCAACGUGCCGAUUCGUCCAGCCCGAGUUGACCAGCACGACGCUCGCGCGGCGCAGCGCGAGCGCGUAAAGCAGCAUGAACGCGUGGUAUGUCGACUUCCUGUUGAAGAUCACUCCGACCAAUCUUGAUUCUCACUGGGUUUUCGAGAAUGAUGAGCUUUUCCGUAACUUCGAUGUCCAACUCCGCUAAUUCCUCGCCAACGAGUUUCCUGAGAUGAACAUGAGUGCGGAACUGUCUUUCAAGGUCGAGAAAUCCAUUAUCUGGUCGACACAGUUGAUGCGGACAUGUUUUACGCUCCCUGCAUGCGGUACAACAUACAUGUCAUCAAUCCGCAGCAUUUCCC